CCCCCCACGCUAGGGGGGGGCGCUACCCUGCACCCUGGAACAUAUAUAACGGGAAGAGCUGCAAGACCAAUGGUUACAAAGAGAAAAGAUGUAGACUUGCCUCGUUCUAAGUAGACACUGGGUACCACUACCUAGCCUGCUGGCAUAGUUGCUCCAUAACUCCGUCAAAAUGUCAUUGAUGGAACCGACCUAUGCCAUGCUGGCAAAUGCCAACGGUCUGACCACGUUUGGAGGGACUAUGGGCCAAGGUACGCAAGGCUUGGUGAAUAGUGCGAAUUUCGAAGAAAUGCUGACCGCACAGAAACAGGCUGCUGCAGCGCUAGGGCGCGCGAUGACCGCAGCCAAAAUCGCUGAGCGUAGCGGCAACCUUGCUGUCAACAUUGCAAACCGAGCGGUGCAAAGCGCGAGAUCACUGGUAAGGAGUUGACGUAGUCCUUCUAUCGACACGACGAAUGAUUAGGAGUAGGAAGUCCACUCAAUGUACGAUAGUUGAAGCAGGAUCAUGUGUUUCACAUCGCGAUUGUGAUUGACGAGUAGAUAAAUCAUGAAAACCAACAUCACCGUUCUGUGUCACCUCGAUCAGGCCACGCUCCCGGAACAGGGUGUAAAGGACGCGUUCGGAGCCAGCGAGCCACCGAUUAUGGAGGUUGGUCCAUCACCAUUUCUCAAGCCUGCGUCUCUAGACCUCUCUCUGCUGGCAAUAGUGGAUUAUAGUUUGCGAAGAAUGCUUAUGCUCGACAGCAAACAACAACACCAGCCCAGCACUUUUCGUCACCGAGCAAGGCAAAAGCAUUUGCUAGAGAGAUCGAAGCUGUGGAGUGUGGAAGAGGACAACGCAUUCUUGUAAUUCAAAUUUCUGUCGAUGGUCGAUUUUCAUAGACCACCAAUUUUUUGGUUCUACUUCUAGGGUUGUACACACGACAUCUUGAUCAUUGAUUUGGGCUAAACUGAGUACUUUCUUUCUCCGCAGCUUUUCUACCGUGCUGAUUCCUGCUGCUCGAGCUUACUAGAUGACCCAUGAAACCACUGAAAGAUAUGUGUUUUAAAUGACUUAUUCUUUAUGUAUAAAAAGACCCAGAAGUUUGCGAAUUGUUGGCCCCUCUUCAAAAAUUUCAAGCUGUAUCUAUUACUUUAU